GCGGGGCGCGGCUUCUUCCCCCCGCCCCCCUUUGGAACCGGACUCGCUCCCGUCCCCCCUCCCUGGCCCAGAAGAUGGUCAACGAUCGAUGGAAAGACAUGGGGAGAGCGUCUCCCCUCGAGGACGGGCAGCAGGAGAAAUCCCAGAGAAUGAGCUGCGGCUACAUCCUGUGCACGGUCCUCUUGUCUGUGGCCGUCCUCCUGGCCGUUACCGUCACCGGCGCCAUCCUCUUCAUGAACCACUAUCACACCCCUGUCACGGAGUCCCCGCCUAUCAUCAGCACCAACCCCGAGGAGGCCAAUGCCCUGGUCACCAUCGAGAAGGUGGACAGCUCCCGCAUCAACAUCUUCAUUGACCCCAACUGUCCGGACCAAGCCGGCAGCUUCACCCGCCUGGAGGGCUUCCAGUCCUCCGUGCUGCGGGCCGUGACAGACCACGACACUGAGAUGAAGUCAUCCAAGGGGCAGGAGCGGGCCCUGCUGGUCACUGUGGCGGAUGAGGUGGCCAAGCUCCUGACCCACGCCACUCAGCUGAGAGCCGACUGUGACAGCCUGAAGAAGGGGCACAACGCUAUGGGGCAGGAACUCAACGCCCUGCAGAAUGAGCAGGGGCGGCUGAUACAGCUGCUCUCGGAGAGCCAGACCAACAUGGCUCGGCUGGUGAGCUCUGUCAGCGACGUCCUGGACACGCUGCAGAAGGAUCGAGGCAUGGCCAGGCCUCGGCUCAAAGCCGACCUGCAGAGACCUCCAGCCCGGGGAGCCCGGCCCCGGGGAUGUUCCAAUGGCUCGCGGCCCCGGGACUGCUUUGACAUCUACGCGAGCGGACAACAAGAGGACGGCAUUUACUCCAUCUUCCCCACUCAUUAUCCCUCAGGCUUCCAGGUCUACUGUGACAUGACGACGGACGGAGGGGGUUGGACGGUUUUCCAGCGGCGGGAGGAUGGCUCUGUGAAUUUUUUCCGCGGAUGGGAAGCAUACCGGGAUGGAUUCGGGAAGCUGACGGGAGAGCACUGGCUAGGGCUGGCGCGGGUCCACGCCCUGACCACGCAGGCCAGCUACGAGCUGCGCAUCGACCUGGAGGACUUCGACAACGGCACGGCCUUCGCCCAGUACGGCACCUUCGGCGUGGGCCUGUUCUCCGUGGACCCGGAGGAGGACGGCUACCCAGUCACCAUCGCAGACUACUCCGGAACAGCAGGAGACUCCUUCCUGAAGCACAACGGCAUGAAGUUCACCACCAAAGACCUGGACAACGACCAUUCGGAGAACAACUGCGCCGCCUUCUACCACGGGGCCUGGUGGUACCGCAACUGCCACACCUCCAACCUCAACGGGCAGUACCUCAAGGGCCACCACAGCUCCUACGCUGACGGCAUCGAGUGGUCCUCCUGGACGGGCUGGCAGUACUCGCUCAAAUUCACCGAGAUGAAGACCCGGCCUGUCAGAGAGGAGAAUUAGCCUAACGGCGUGACCCCUCCCCCACUCCCUCUUUUUUCCCCUCCCCUUCAGCUCAGUGUUGUCUUGUCCAUGAGUCAGGGGGCAGCCAGGGUGAAAAGCCCCUCUGAUAAUGCCCCGCUCAGCACCAGGACAGGGGGCCCAGCCGGAGCCCCCUGCCAGAGGAGGGGCGGCUCUUCCCCCGAGGAUGCGUCUCAGGGGAGAGGUGGUCGCUGCCGCCUCCUUGCUCCGAGCGCCUCCAAGGACACGCGCCCCCGGCAAUGGAGUCGGCCCUCCUGCGUUUGGCCUCCCCCCCUCCAGCAAGCCAGCGGCACCCUGGGCUCAGGUGUGCGUAGGGGUGGGGAGCGGCACGGACCUGCUGGGCUUUGGCUUGUCAUUACAGGGCAGCUCCAGUGAGGCGGCAGGUGAAAAUCCCUUGGUAAAGCCGGGAAUCAACCCACCCGACAGUCCCAGGAGACAGCGUCUGGCCUGUAGUUCUUGAUGGGCUUUGCCAAGGGUGUACAGCAGGACCGAGAAGGGGAAGCCAUGGUGAAGGCAGAACCCAGGAGGCCCGACUCCCAGCCCCUGCACGAAAUACCAGCUGGCCCCAUAGAAAACACCACCCCAUGUUGAUUCCCUGGACUGAGCUGGGCUCCGAGCACAUCCAGAGGGCUGAGCUGGCAGGUGCCCCGGCUGACGCCGGAAAGGUGGCAUGUACAAAAUGCAGCCCCAGGGGGCUCAGCAGAUGGUACAUGAAGGCCGCAGAAAGGGGACAGUGCAGAUCCUGAACAGUUCUUCGUACCUACCCUGGGGUCACUGAAGCUGCCUCUUCCCCACCAGCCACUCGCUCUCUGGCUCCAAGGCUCCACUGGUGAUGGGGCGUCAGGUCUCCAGCAGGGAGGAGGGUUGUAUCUGUCCGGGUCAGGGGAUGAUAUGACACCUUUCUGCUGGGGUUUAGCCCAGGUGUGCCUCUGGAUUUAUGAGCAAUUCCCCCUCCCAUUCAAAACAGCCCCGCAUCCCAAAGCCAGUUUCUGCUGCUGCUCGCCAGCUUCAGUCUCUCACCCUGUGACAUUCCCACGCCCAGCAACGACUAACACCCUCCCACAGUCUGCCAUCCAGGCGCGGGGGGGGGGGGAACACAGUAAUUCAACCUUGGAACUGAGAUGGAGGUGACCCCAAACAGUCCACCAGCUCUCCCAGCCCCAUUGCUGCCCUAUGGGGCUCGCUGGAUCACUACACGCCACGUGGGUGCGCUUGGCACUGCGCACCACGCAGCCCUGGGGCUUAGACACCCGGAGAGUAUUGGCUGGACCCCUCAGAAGAGAUGAUUGGCACUGCCCCAUAUCAGCUGUGUUGGCCAAGGUGACGGGGCAAAGCUCACGACUGCAGCUUUGGAGGUGGGAGGGCUCCAAGCGGGAAGCCAGCUGAAGCUCCCAGGUGACGCUUAGGGGAUACGUUUCAUGGAGUCUUUUUGCCAACCAAACCCACUCGGAAGGGGGCGAACCCAGCCCCCCUUUGUGGAAACGUGACCUUAGCUCUACGGUAGCUGUGCCCUUCCCCCAGCUCCUUCGGAGACUGGCUGCAGGAAAGAACAUCUGGUUCUCCACGGGGGAAUUCCUGCCCCUGACCUGCAGAGGAUGGGGAGCUGCCGUUCACUGCCAGCCCACAUGAACCUUGCGCUGGUUUAUGCACCUGCCGAUAUUCAAGC